GGUGGUUGGUGUUAUAAUUUAUAUACAAGUAAUUAAAGACAAAAUUAAACAAUAUUGUUAAAAUACAAAUUAAACAGGUUUACCCUCUUAUGGCGGCCAUGAGUUUUGUUACUGGAAUGUGUCUAUUUCAGCUUACAAGGAAUGUUAUUCUAAAUCCUGAUGUCAGAAUCAACAAAGCUCAUCGGACAACAGCAGUUCUCGAAAACGAAGAGGAAGGACUGACGUACCGAGAGCACAACCUCCGUAAGUUCCUUCGUACACGGCCGCCGGAAGUCAUGCCAUCAGUCAACCGCUUCUUCUCCGACGACAAAUGAUUGAACUUUUUUAUGUAGCCCCCGCGCGUGAAAUUAAACCCUCAAAAUAAUCAAGUUGCAUGUGUGAAGAUU